CAUAGAAAUGUGGUUUUUUUUGGAGUGCUUUAUAUUAAAGAGAUGGAUGUACCAGGAGUUAAGCUUUCUAGUAGGCAGCAUAGGCGUUGUGGACAGGAGCGUGGUACUCGGGGACAGGAGCAUGGUAGACCGGAGCUGGGGCGUGGUACUCGGGGACAGGAGCAUGGUAGACCGGAGCUGGGGCGUGGUACUCGGGGACAGGGGCGUGGUAGACCGGGGCAACAUAAACCGGGGCAGGCGCAUGGUACUCAGGGACAGGAGCGUGAUACUCAGGGACAGGCGCGUGGUACACGGGGGCGGGAGCAUGGUACUCCGGAACCGGGGCGUGGUACUCGGGGACAGGAGCAUGGUACUCGGGCUUGGGAGCAGGAGCGUGGUACUCGGGGACAGGAGCGUGGUACUCGGGCUUGGGAGCAGGAGCAUGGUACUCAGGGGCAGGAGCAUGGUACUCAGGCUUGGGGGCGGCCACGUAAGCGGGCUUGGCCUCAUAAGCUCCCUCACCAGCGAGGGCAACAGCGACAAGGGUAGCGACGGCAGCGAAGGUCUUCAUGGUUGAUGUAAUUACGUGGGGUUAAUGUGUACUCUGGGCAGAGAGCAAUGGAGAGGAGCGAAGAAGCAAAUGAGGAAUGGCUAUGACAAGUCAUUUCCGGGACCGGACUACCUUCCAGCAUUUAUAUGCGACUUGCUGGCUGCCAUUGGAGACCGGGGCGACUCGAGUUUGCACUUUACAGCCUGCUCACAACGACAGGUUGUGUUGUGCGAAUUUGCUCAGGCUGUUGACUAUAUUCUCGCAGCCACUGCGUU